AUGCGCUUUGAAGACGGAGGCUCAGCGGUAAUUCGGUUUCCGUGUCUCGGUGCUUCGAUGUUCCCAGAAGAGAAGGUGCAGCAUGAAGUUGCGGUAAUGCAGUACCUAGCGUUUCAUACCAGUUUGCCUAUACCGCAUGUUCUACACUAUGGGGAUGAGGAGGAGAGUCCGUGUGGUCUGGGGCCGUUUAUUAUCAUGGAGCAUAUCAGCAAUGAGGGAAAUUUUAUUGAUUCUCUUAAUAUACCCGGCCGCUCAAGUCAGGAGAGGCCGAUUCUGGACCUCAACGUCUCGCAGGAGUUGCUCGAGUGUGUAUAUGGCUACAUGGCCGAUAUCAUGCUUCAAGUCUCGAGGCAUUCAUUUACGGAGAUCGGGUGUAUCGCAAAGGCCAACGAGGAGGAUGAAUUUGAUGAUACAUGGGUGGUAAAGCAUCGUCCACUGACGCUUAACAUGGACAAGCUUGUCCAACUAGGCGGCGUUUCGCCGGAUCAGCUUCCCACGGGAGCAUUCAAAACAGCAUCCUCUUACUACCAAGCACUAGCCAACAUGCACAUGAUACAUCUGUCCUCUCAGCGCAACGACACUAUUGAGUCUGCGGACGAUUGUCGACAGAAGUAUAUCGCAAGAUGCCUCUUCCGGAAGAUCACACGUGAAUAUCAGCUUUGUAAGGAUGAUGCUGGUCCAUUUAAGCUGUUUUGCGAUGACCUCCGACCAGGAAACGUCCUCGCAGGGGUUAACCAUCAGCUGACUGGCGUUAUUGAUUGGGAAUUCACAUACGCGGCUCCCACUGCAUUUGCGUACAGUCCUCCGUUCUGGCUCUUGCUUGAACUACCAGAGCUCUGGGAGGAUGGUCUAGACGACUGGAUUGAGAAAUACGAGCAGAUCCUGCCGACAUUCUUGAAGGUGCUUCAAGACAAAGAACAAGCGGCCAUUGAACGGGGUGUUCUGAAGGAAAGUGACCGGUUAUCUGGUCAUAUGUCGGAGAGUUGGGAGAGCGGGGACUUCUGGGUUAAUUAUGCUGCGAGGAAGAGUUGGGCGUUUGAUAUGGUAUAUUGGGCGAAGAUCGAUAGGAGGUUUUUUGGGAUGGGGGAUCUCGAGGAUCGAGUGUAUCUUUUGACGCCGGAGGAAAGGGGAGAGAUGGAGAGGUUUGUUCGGAUGAAGAUGGAGGCUAAAGAAGAAGGCGGCUUGGCUAACUGGGAUGAUGUGAAGAAUGCAUUGCCGCGGACUAGUAAUGACAAUGUAGAGGCUAGUAACAGUGAGAAUUAG